GCUCGCCGGCGUGUUGUCAUGGUGAGUGUAUUGCUAUGUUGUUGGAAUGCCCGUGGAAAUGAAGAACUACUUCAUAAAAAUUUCAGACUGGAGGUCAGUAAGGGUCAGCUUCAAAUGCAGUGAACGCGGUUAGGGUCCGUAAUCGGGAUCGAUCAAUUUCAAUAGCCAUUUGUCCGACUCCGGGGCUCUUGCUUCAACUUGCUUAUCCACCAUUGACCAGUUGUCAGAAUGCGUUGCUGGUCUAACAAUUGAAAUCGUAUCCUUUCCGCAGACUUCGCUAUGUUUAUGAGCUGGUGCUCCAAAACAAAGUACACCGAAUAUCAAUCAUGGGAGUGCCCGUCACGGAUAACACUCCCGUUUAGAGGGCGCCGACGUCGCGGCCUGUCAGGCCCUUAUGCGAACUAUCUUCGCAGCCACAACAAAUCCACGUAAAAGGCCCGCAUGGCACUCUGGAGAUCCCUUCAACGCCCAUGAAGAGUGUCACUGGAGGUACGCUCUGUGUCGCACAAAGGUCGUCGUGUUGACGACUCUGCGGGACUUGCAAACAUCUGAGAUCUCGGAGAUGAAGAAGACAAUUAAGACUGUGCAGAAAAGAAAUGCGCUUGAGGCUUAAGUUCGACUUUUUUUUUGUUGUCAGGGGGAUAAGGCGCGGGCGCUGUUGAUGUGAGAACAAAACGAACCUGAAGCUACCGAUUUGGGCGUACAAACAGGGCCAACCCGCAUCACUCAACGUCGCCGGAAGGUUUUAUCAAUCCUCAGGCCUCGAUGGCGAUUGUUGUCCCAAACACGGUUAGUCGGUUCAUUGUUCCGUUUCUUCCUUUAAAACUCUCCUCCAGAGCUAUGUUGAACUUCAAUCCCGACCCUCUCGUGGCUCGCGCGGUCCUUGACCUUCUCCCUCCCCAGGUCCCUCCUCCCCCACGUUCUUUGUACAAGACACUCUCUUAAGUUACUGAAUUGAUCAUGUACGCCACUACGCUCUUUGUUGUUCUCGGACUCUGCGCCACCGCCCUCGUCAACGCCAUUCCCGUCUCGCAUCCUUUCUCUCACAACGCGUUCUCUAAGCGUGCCGGCAAUGGCAAGGCUGUCUUCGCCCAUUUCAUGAUGGGCAAUGCAUUCCCUUAUACCCAACAGGAUUUCGAAGAUGAUGUUAAACUUGCUUCUGCUUCCGGUAUCGAUGCUUUCGCUCUGAACAUCGGCACCGAUGACUGGCAACCUGGACAUGUCAAGAUGGCUUACGACGCUGCAGCAGCCUCUGGCACUGGUUUCAAGAUGUUCAUCUCGUUUGACAUGACCGUCUUGCCAUGCGGAUCGCCUGCUGAUGCGGCUGCCUUGCGCAACUAUGUGACUACCUACGCCGACCACCCCGCACAGUUCAAAUACGAUGGUCGUGUUUUCGCAUCGACGUUCUCCGGCGAGAAAUGUAGCUUUGGUUCUGGAUCUCCCCAGAAUGGUUGGAAAUCGCAGUUUUACUCCCAACUCAAUGGCAAUGUUUUCUUCGUCCCAGCGCUCUUCGCUGACCCUGGCAGUUUUCCUUCAUGGAGUGGUGCUAUGGACGGUGUCUUCAACUGGAAUGCUGGAUGGCCCGUGGAUUUAACUUCCUCCAAGGUCUCUUCCAUCCUUGGUGGUGUUGGCCUUCAUCUUGGCCCUCUCGUUAAAGCUGCUUUGAAUACUGCUUCUCAGACAUUGGCCAAGUUUGUUGGUUCCACCGAUUCUGACCAGUCGUGCAUCAACGGCUUGAAGGGCCUUUCCGCUAGCGGCGCUAAAGCUUAUAUGACUAGCGUUAGCCCUUGGUUCUUCACUCACUAUGGCGCUGACAGUUUCAACAAGAACUUCAUCUACUACGCCGACAGCCACCUUUACAAUACUCGUUGGGAGAGUGUCAUCCAGAACCGUGAUGAGUUCGACCUCGUCGAGGUUCUUACCUGGAAUGACUAUGGCGAGUCUCACUACAUUGCUCCUGUCAAGGGUGCCCAGCCCAACUCCCAAGCAUGGGUUGAUGGCAAUGCUCAUGAUGGGUGGCUUGAUAUGACCAAUUACUACGCUACUGCUUUCAAGACUGGCAAGUACCCUGAGAUCGCUCAAGAUGCCCUUUACGCUUGGGCUCGCCCCACCUCAACGAAUGCUAACGCCCCCGACCCCGUUGGCAAGCCUACCAAUGCGGAUACCAUGACCGAUGCCAUCCCGGUGUAACCAAGCUCCAACUUCCCCUCACUCCCGGCUCUACCAUGCACGCUACCCUCACUCGUAAUGGCCAAACUGUUGUCGAUCUAUCGCCCAAGGGUUUCACGUUCUCCGACAACCCCCAGAUCUUCAACUACAACGCUUUCGUUGCGUUCGCUAAAGCCAACUAAGCCAACUCGCCGUGGGACGACAAUCUCACAUUGGGUCAUAGACCUAGCGUCUACGACCUUGUGCCAUAGACGUGCCGUUUAGCACGACUUUCUCUUUUUCUCUCUUUUCUUCUUUCAUAUUCCUUUGAUACCUCCGGUGCUGACCCGCGGCGAGCUGUGCUUGACUUUUGUUACUUUGGAACCCGGGUCGGCCGUCAUCUUCGUUCAUCACCUCACUCGUCUGGAUGACGCGUCCAUACACUCACAAUCGGAAUCUGGGAUUUCUUAGUGCUGGAGUUGGUGUUUGUCGUUACUGUUGUUGGGCUGGUUCUCUCGUGAUGUGCCUGGUGUAUCAAUCGGUUUAAACUCGUGUAGUGUAAUCUUAGCAACGUACUCGCUGUAUUGUAGUAUCUUCAUGAUGCUUAUGCGUUCUCGUAUGCUCUGAAAUGUUUUUUAUAGCGAUGCUACACUGGCGACGUUCGAUAUUCUAUUGUAGAUGACUACUACACCUACCUCAUCGGGAUAGUAACAUUGAUCGCCAAGGAUGUCCCACGGGUGCUGAAAGUGAUCGGG